UAAUGGCCACAGUUGUCUAUCGUCGAGUAUCAUUGUGAAGGUCAACCGCCUGUGCUGAAGACCAAUCGUAUACCUCAGUGGGACCAAUACGUCUUGCUUCAAGUAAACUUACAACCAUACCGGUUUUCAUGGUGAACACAAAUUAUGGCAAAGCUUCCGUACCAGCUGCACUUCUAUCUGAAGCUACGGUGGAACUGUCCUAAGCUAUGGGAAAACCAGGACCUGAGAUCAGCUGAUGACAUUCGGGCGAAAGACCGCCCCCUGUACAUACUGCUCCCUCCACAGUAUUGGAGCUAUAAGUGAGGAUCAGAACCUGCAGUACUCCACACUACUCUGUGGACUGCUCAACAAACACCUUGGAAUUUCCCCCCUGUACAGAACCAACACAUUCACUCUACAGAAGAUCUACAUGAACUUCUUUGAAAUGGUGGUGCAAAACUUGGUGUGGGACAAGACAAUGUUCAAAGUUUUCAUUGAGGCUUAUCAUGCCAAGAAAUGAAAGAAGAACUGAAGACGUCUGGUCAAUGAAUGACAUAGCAAAACUGCACACAAAUUACCUUUGCUCUAAUGUUACAAUAAAUAGUAGAACCUCUAUCUGAAGCCACGGAAGAACUGUCCAAGGCUAUGGAAGUACCAGCUAAGGUGUACUCCCUGGGUACUGGUGUAAUCUGGAAGCUACGUGCCAGUUUCCCAGCUUGUUGAACUCACUGGGAGGCAAGGCAACUGUGACGUUUGGAAGGGAAGUGGGGUUUAUUUUCCAGUGUUCAGCUGAUGCUGUUGCAGCUAUGUCAGAAGCCAUCCUCACCUUCCAGUACCAACUCAGUGGCGUUAUGGAAACAGUCCUCAAAACCGCCAUGCAUGAGAUCACUCGGCUGGUGAAGGAAGGCUUCCUGGAGGAAGUGACACGGAGCAAGCAGGAAGUGGACAUCUUGAGGAUGAAGCUGCAGCAGUGGGAGCAGAAAUGGAGGGACAGAGAGGAGGAGAGGAAGAGGGAAGUUGAAGAGAAAGAGCAGAGAAAGAAGAGGGAAGCGAGAGAGCCGAUGGGGAUGUGUGUGAGUUGCAGUUGUACUGGAGACACUGAGAAAGGAGAGGCUCUGUCAGGAGCAGAGGAAGGUUGUGUUAUCAAACAGGAGGAGAUGUUCCAGUCAGAGGGACCCAACACUCUCCCAGAGAGAGAGGGUCCACAGGAAACGGACAUGUCCAGCUCUUCCUGUGUCUCUGAAAGGAUGGAAGAGAGGGAAGCCCAUGUGGUCCACAUCAAACAGGAGCCCAAUGACUGGGGGGAUCUAGUAUCCCAGAUGGUCACAUCCACAGAUACUACCAUAAUGAGCCUGAGUCGUCUGGAGAGAUUGAGUGCCCAUGCUGGGGCAUGGACCAGUGAGCCUCAGCCUCAACUUCCAGCACCAUGGACCAGAGAGCCUCUACCUCCAGCACCAUGGGCCAGGGAGCCACCACCGCUACCUCCAGAACCAACACCAUGGACCAGGGAGAAGCAGCACGUACUCCCAGGGUCAGGUAUACCCACCCAGGCAACAGAGUGUGCUGUGGGAGCCCUGGACUCCAGUCCCUAUGGUCUCAGCAACAACACAAUGGCACAGCCUGGGGUCAAACCCUACAGCUGCCCACACUGUGAAAAGAGCUUCCCUCAGCUACGAAACCUGAAAGACCACCAGAAGUACCACCACACAGGGAAAAAGGCCUUCACCUGCUCCCAGUGUGGUAAGGGCUUUGUGUACAUGUGCCACCUCAGGGUACACAUGCAGUGCCACACAGGGGAGAGGCCAUUCAGCUGCUCUCAGUGCGGUAAGAGCUUUGUCUACCUGUGCAACCUGAAGUCCCACCAGCAGUAUCACACAGGAGAGAAACCGCACAGCUGCUCUCAAUGUGGGAAGAGCUUCAGCCUUCAGAGUGGCUUGAAGAAACACAGGGUCAUUCACUCAACAGAGAGGCCUUACCACUGCACGAACUGUGGGAAUAGAUUCUAUUCUAGAGCAGACCUGAAAAGACAUGAACAGAUUCAUGCAGCAAGGUAGAACUUUGAGAUGAAGCUGGUUGAUUUAGAAAAUCUGAGUGAAGAAAAUAACAGCACACGUGUACUAUGUUCAAUGUAUUUGUAGUUACUGAUGCAUUUCAUGUUGAGAGGAAUAAAACCCUUAAUGAAGAAA